AUGUUUAAUGAGUAUAAGGACUUAAAGAAGUGUGAGCUUUAUGUAACAUUGGUUGAUGCAACACCAUAUUCUGUACAGGAGGGUGGACAAAGGGCCAGUAAUUUAGAAGUAAGGGAUAUGAGAGAAAGUCAAAGUUGUGCUUCCAAUGACAGACCUAUUCUAACCCAAACAAACAUUGAUGCAAAUCAUGAAAACAUCAAUAUAGUGCAUGAAGAAGAUUAUGGUCAAGAUGAUGACUUGGUUGAGCAGAUUGACAGUGAAACUAGCUACCAUUUAUUGUAUAAUAGUGAAUCAAAUGAUGAAUCAAGUGAUGAAUCAAAUGCUAAGGAAGGCCAAAUUCAAAUUGAUGGUGAAAAUCAGAGUAUAAAGAUCUGCUCCUUGUUUGUUGAUUGUUAUCUAUUCCGAAGGGCACUUGAAAAGUACUCCAUUCUUAGGGAGUUUUCCAUUAAGUACAUCAAAAGUGAUCAGUCAAGAGUGACGGCAAGGUGUGUAGAUUAUAAAUGCUCCUGGAUGGUCCAUGCAUCGAUUGUUCGAGAGCAAGGUGCAUUCCAAGAAAGUGAUUUAUCUGCCAAGGAGUUAAGAAGAAGGCUAAAUGAAAAGUAUAAUAUGGAUCUACCAUAUCAUCGGGUUUGGAGGGGGAAAGAAGAAGUUGUGUCUACCAUACAUGGUAAUUGGGAAGAUUCCUAUAUGAAGAUUAUAGAUUUCAAGGAUGAGUUGAUGAGAAGGAAUCGUGGCAGUAUAGUAAAAAUUGACAAAGAAUCAAAGGAGGGGAAAUCACAUUUCAAGAGGAUGUUCAUAUGUCUAGGACCGUGCAGUAAAGGGUUUCUUUUGGGGUGUAGACCUUUCUUGGGACUUGAUGGAUGCCAUCUCAAAGGCAAAUACAAAGGAGUAAUGGCAGCAGCUAGUGCUAUUGAUAAAUGUAAUCAACUCUUUCCACUUGCUUAUGGCAUAUUAGAGUUGGAAAACAUUGAGUCCUGGACAUGGUUCUUGAAUGGCUUAUAUGAGGCAAUAGGUUUGCCUAAUGGUUUGGUACUUGCAUCUGAUAGGCAAAAGGGUCUUGAGGAAGCAAUUUGCAGGGUUUAUCCAUCUGUGGAGCAUAGAACAUGUGUGAGGCACAUGUACAAAAAUUUAAAGAAGAAAUUCUGUGGGAAAAGUCUACGAAGAAGUGUUUGGGCUGCUGCAAGAUCAUACACAGUUAGAGGUUACAAUACAGCUAUAGAAGACAUCAAAUCAAUUAAUAUCAGAGCUUAUAAUUGGAUAGAAGACUUGGGGAAGAAACUGGAGAUAUGGCGUAGAUCACAGUGUAGUAUUGUUUGCAAAUGUGAUUACAUCACAAAUAACAUAUCUGAGUCAUUAAGUGCAUGGGUUGCAGAAGCCAGGGAAAGGCCUGUUUUAGAUCUUUUAGACACAAUCAGACAGAAGAUAAUGGUGACCAUGGAUAAAAUAAUAAGAAUGGCAACAAAAUGGAAGGAUGAUAUUGAGCCAUCUGUGAAGAAAUAUGUAAGGAACCUAUCUAGAGGAUUGGCAGCAUAUGAGGUACAACAUUGUAGUGAUUCAAAGGCUGAGGUCUCUUAUAAAGGACAGAGGUGUGAGGUUCUGUUAACUGAUGGAAUAUGCAGUUGUAGAAAGUGGCAAGUCUUUGGAAUACCUUGUGUACAUGCUAUGGCAUUCAUCUUCUCUAUCAGAGGUGCAAAAUGGGAAGAAUAUGUUGAUUUAUAUUUUUUAGUGGAGAAAACUACGGUUGCCUACAACUUGGAGAUUGCUCCUAUGCCUAACAUUAACCAAUGA